AGCCAAUUCAAGGUCUUUUGAAACCUCAUUCUCAAGCUCACUUCGGUGCAAUUAGCUGGUCAUCACACAAGGUUUGACUAGGCCUCUAAUUAGCUGGCCUUAAUUAGUAGUUUAUAUCAGACAGUAGUUUACCCCGCACCAGUCCGCCCUAUUGGCCCAGCCUAGCAGUUAGGUUAGGUUUAAUCUCUCAGUGUUUGACUAUUAAGUAAGUCCUUUUUCUUAAGCAUACUUAUUGUACUCAAUAUGAGCGAGAGUAUUGCCGAUGGCAUUGCCAAUAGCCCAAUUUCACUUAGUGCCGCGUCAGGUACUACAGAUCUGAAGAGAAAACGCCAGAAUAGCGCUGCUACCCUAGCUAGGUCACGGGAGCCUGUUGUGUCUUUCCAUGUCGGCAGCGAAUUGCGACAGACCCCUCAGUUUUCAUUCCUGUCAUACGUAUGGGGCACUGGCCUUGACUCUGAUUGUGCAUCGUGUGGAAGGCAUUUCCUUCCCGACGGUGAACCUCCGAUACGAACCAUCGGCGCCGGAAACAGCAGCUCACAACCAUCUGUCAUUGAUAUCACUCAGGAUCCAGUAUCGCCGUGGAAUCUUAGAAUAUUUAACAGACACCUCGCCUGCAUUAAAGCUGACAAGGUCGACUAUGUUCCCAUUUCUCAUGCCUGGCACGCCACGGUGGCCACUGCGCAGGAUCUUCGUCUUGAGAGCAUCGACGUUUCCAGGCUGGUUUACCAAACGCCACUCAGGACUCUCCUGGCGCUUACGGCCAAGUUUCCCGGUUGCGAAAUCUGGCAUGACUACCUGAGCGUUCCACAAUGGCGCCCUGACGUUCAGGGACGGCUCCUCCUUGCGAUACCGGACAUAUAUAACCACGCCGCAAAAACUGUGAUCUAUCUGGACGACGUCGGGGCAACCCAUCUCUUGGGCCAGGUUAAGGAUUCUCCCUACGACAAGUUCAUCAUCGACUUUGCGGCCAUUAUUCGGUCUCGAUGGUUUGACCGCAUGUGGGUGACACUGGAGUACAUUCAGAGUAAUCAUGUCAUAAUUCUUACGGAGGAUUACACGAUAUGUGAUGCCUAUGCCAGGGAUAUAUGUCAUCAGUUAGACACUGCGCAUUCAAAAUGGAUUAAAAGGCGAAGCAAUUCGACUGUCACGGAGGACAUCUGGAAGCAAAAUACAACUCUGAAAAGGAUGACUUCGUGGAUAGAUAUGGAGGCAUGGAAGAAUGAGCACGACAUGCAUCGAACUCUCGGGUGGGCAAUCGGAAUACUAGGCCACCGGAAGUGUCAAUAUACAAGAGAUUACUUCUUGGCUCUAGGGAAAAUGCUUGACUUCCGGCCGGAACAAGAUCCUCUUGUUCUCAUCGAGAACCGCUUUCAAUACUUCUUUUCUCUGGUGACAUAUGCGCUACAGCAGGGCGACUACUCCCCCCUGUUGUUCAUCCCGUCGCUAGGUGAAGACGCGGACCCCCGAGCACCGUGGCUGCGUGGAUACUCGACGGGAACGUGGAAACUUUGGGACAUGGGCAGAUGCCAUAGGAAGGCGACCUCUCAGCCAAUCAUUCGAGACGGCAAGAUCCAGCCCCGACUCCAGACGGUUGGUAUCAUCGAAAGGUUCGAGUACUACGACUUUGGAGGAGAUGCGGAAUCGGUCAUGGACUACAUUGUAUCCAAGGUAGUCCGGACAAGCGGCCAGGAUCCCCAAGCUCUAUGUGAGGCUGUGGAUCGCGUAUUCCCCCGGAACGAAAAGAAAGCAGUGAAUAUGGAAUGGAAAGACGCAAAACAUGAGGAUGCCUCUGCCUCGAUGUUGAAGUGCGACUGGGACAAGAUACAGGGACUUCUAGAAAAAUACGGGCCGUUGCUAGACAUCGAACCAGGGCAAGAGGCAACUCAGCAGAGGUUAGAGAUUGCGAAGAAGAUGAUUGGAGCCUUGAAGCUAAGCAAAGAAGGCAAGGACGCAAGAGAGUCACGCCUGGAGCUUGCAGCCGGAGAAGCAGACUGGUUCUUGCGAGAGUACGGAACGCCCAUGGAAGGAAUUAGUCAGAUCAGAUGUAAGAUUUGUAGGCGGCGAUCCGUGUUCCGACUAGUUAUGUGGGGAGCCUACCCCAUACGUAGCGCAAGUCUAUAGAAUUCCUGGGCUGCUUUAUGAUGAGAAUGUUCCCAAUGGUAUCGGGAUGGUGGUGGAGCAUAAUAGGAUUAUCGGGAAGAUGAUGUAUGGAACGCCUGCUUGUGGAUGCUGUCAGUCUGAUUUGGUUGAACUAGGCUCAAUAAAACCUUAGCCAAUGCCUAUUAAUAUAUGAAAAGGUGUUAGUUUCAACAGCCUGGCACAAUAAUAACUGUAUUAUAGUAAAC